AUGUACAUGCAUGGUGCUACAGGUAAACCUUCUAUAAUAUUAGUAUUUAAAUGCAAGACUACUUUCACUUUGUGGACUAAAAGAAAGUGUCUCAAACAGAACAAUGUAGUCAUAUCACUCAGGAGGGGUGCAAAAACUGAAAGAUAUGCACUAAAAGAUAAAUUUACUUUCACUAAGUCCACACAUGCUCCAAGUACGUGACUUACUAACUCAUCUUCAAAAGGUAUCACAAGUCUGUCCAUUAUAACGAAGAGCAAUCUCAUCUCUUUCUCAUCAGCAGAAGACUGUGGCAAAGCACUAUCAUUAUUAUCAAUCAUGAUUACCUCUCAAUGGCUAUGUGUUAUAAUAGUAGCUAUUGCUAUGACCAACAUUGCAGCUGGAAACUGUCCUGAUGAUACCCCACCUUCACCAUCUCCCUCCCCUACUCUAUCUCCUUCUGCUUCUCCAUUUCCUUCAGUUACUCCAUUACCUUCCUCUACUCCAUCUCCAACUCCACUGGUUGUCACUACUGAAUUCCUUUCCUCUCCAAACACAUCAGUCAAUACUCCACCAGUUUGUGUGAUGCCGCCAGACUGCAGAGCAUGGCAAGAGUUGGGGAUCAAUCAGAGUGGAGUCUAUCCAGUAAAACCAAAUGGAGGAGAAGCUUUUCAGGUAUACUGUGAUAUGGAGACUGAUGGUGGUGGGUGGACUGUAUUUUAGAGGAGACAAGAUGGAUCUGUUGCUUUCAACAGGAACUGGGCUGACUACGGAAAAGGUUUCGGUAAUCUCGCCGGGAAAUUCUGGCUAGGACUGAGCAAAAUACACCGCCUCACUCAAGGAGAGACAAAUACUUUACGAGUGGAUUUUGGAGGUUUUGAUGGCAGCGUGGGAUAUGCAAAGUAUUCGGAAUUUAACAUUGGGAAUGAAAC